GGGCACGUCUACGGGCGAGUUAGAUAGCCGUUGGCUGCAAUGUUUGAAUUUGAGCUUGGGAUGUCGAUGGCGCCCAUCGGUCGUGGAACCCUUCUCCCGUCGGUCAUCAACAGUGCUCCCCUAUAUUGCUGCCCUCUGUCGUGUUCGAAAGCUUCCAGCUCCAUUCCUUGUACUUACCGGGAUGAGCACAUGGAUGACAUGCUGAGGAAGACGGCUCUCAUCAUUUUCCUAGUUGGGGCGUUGCUACGGGUGUUCAUUCUGCACGUGUGGCAAGUGGUCGGCACUUUCAACCGCGUUGGAAGGAGGAGGGGUUCAAAGAAGCUUCGACAGGCUGCUUCGGUGAAGAUAGGCAUGGGCGAUGGAUACGGAAGGGGGACAGAGGGUUAUGGGAUCGGUAGAGGGGGCUAUGCAGUCGGGAGCGGGGCGGAGCAGAGCGUGCAUCACAGAUUUGAUCCGAAUCUGUAUUCGCAUCUGCCCCCUCACCAGCAGUCGUUGCCUGAUGAUAUUACGUGGGCGCCGCCUCCGUCUACCCUGGAUCGAGCAUGGGGGUCGACUCAAAUGUCUUACGACACACCUGCCAGAGUGGACGAACGGAGAGGGGGGCUCGGUCCCAUGUCCGCACUGCUGCCCGACGUGCGGGGAGGACGCAGUCUUCCAGUUGAUUUGCAUCUGUCUCCAUCGACCACCAUGGAUGUGUCUAGAACGGUCGUCAUUAACGAGAACGGCCAAGUUUGCAGGAGCACCUCUCGGACGAUGCAAGACGCCGGCUUCGACAACGGGAUUUCACAGCUCCGGUCGAACCGGGUGCCAACGUCCGUGGCGAGCGAACCCCGACCUGUGCCGACUCUUGUUCAUCGCCCAAACGUCGGCGAUGACGAUGAUGAAUACCACGAAGAGGAAGAGGUCGUCGUCAAGGAAGCGACAACUGGCGGGAAGAAAAAACAAGCAUCGAAAGGGCGGGGAAAUGGGAAGGCGACUGGCAAGGACGGUGGAACGAACGGGGAUGGUGGCGACAGUGGUGGGCGAGCGAACUGGAAUCUGAACGAGUCCCUGGUCCUAGUGCGCUGCAAGAGAGACCAAGAAGACUAUUUUGCCAAUGUGGGACACAACUUCGCUCACAUGAAAACAAAGGACGAGAAAUGGGCGGACAUCGCGAAGAGGAUGGAGAAGGAAGGAGUUCGAAGGGACGGGGAGCAAUGCAUGAAGAGGUGGGAGAACAUAUUCGAGUGGUCCUCAGCAAAUGGCUUGUCGGGGAAGCGGAAGAACGACGGGCAACUAGCCUUCGAGGCGAUGACAGACGUCAUGAAGACGCACUCCACUGUUGUCGCGGAGUCCGUCGACCGCGCGAGCAAGCGGCAGUGCGAUGUGCUGCAGAGGCAGUGCGACAUUAUGAAUAGGGAGGCGAGGACGCAGGAGAGGCAGUGCAUAGUUCUGGAGGUCAGGCAGCGGAUGCUGUGCGACACACUAUUGAAGAUCGCGUCGGCUUUGGCGCGGGAUUGACUGCGCGAUUCGGACAUCGACCAACAUACCACCAGGCAGAGGGGUGGUUGAUGUUCGUGUUAUGUAGGCUUCUGUUUCGUGGUUUGGAUGGCGGGAUCGACAAUCCACCGAC